AAAUUUGCAGUUUUAACAGCAGGCAGUUAUGAUAAAAAGUGAUGAUUCUGUCACGGAUUUGGAGUCUACUCCUGCUUUUCUUUAUAACAGAAGCCGAAAUAUUGGAUUUUGAUGACCAUACAAAUGAGGCUUGUUACACUUGCUACUGCAGCGCAGAUUUGACGAGCGUGGAUUGUUCACAUAGAGGUUUAACCAAUAUUCCUAAUGGCAUCAGUUUGAAGGUGACAAAACUCAACGUUUCAAACAACGAAAUUUCAUCUUUUCCAAACAACCUAAGCAACCUAUACAAUUUAAAAUCUUUGGACCUAAGUGGGAACCUGUUAAAUAGCUUACCAGAAAAUGCAUUACAGAACCUCACAGCAUUGGAAGUAUUGAAUUUGUCAAGAAAUUAUUUUGAAUCAUGGCUAAGCAUAAAUCCCAACGAAGUCUUAAAACCAGCGACUAGUCUAAAAAUUUUAGAUUUGUCCAAGAAUAAAUUCACAACCUUGGCAAAUCUUGCAAAUCAAGAGCUUCUUAUCAGCUCCUCGUUAGAAACAUUGAUAUUGAACAGCUGUGAAAUAAACUCUAUUCACGGCAGAUCGCCUCUUAGCGGACUAAUUAGUAUAAGAGUUCUGAAAUUAAAUAACAAUCCUUUAUUAAGAAUUCAAAAUUUAAUAUCAUCUACGCUGAAGAGUUUAUAUGUAAGCAAUUGUCAGUUGAGUUAUAUAAGUCACAAUGAAUUCGCUUAUUUGCCUUCAUUGGUGUAUUUACAAAUGUCAUAUAACUACCGGUUACAGUUAUCUUCAACAUCGAAUGCAUUGUUUUCUAACUCUCUAAGAUAUUUAGACAUUUCAUAUUGUAAUAUUUUUAGACCUAACUUAUACGGAUUUCCAAAUUUAAGAAAAGCUGUUAUUAAAAACAACAUGAUACGAUUCUUGAAGAGUAUUGAAUUUAUAAAUAAUACAAAAUUAGAAUAUUUAGAUCUAUCCUAUAAUAAUAUAGGGUCCUUCAAAAGUGAUACUUUCCGAGGACUUAGUAUGCUCAGAUAUUUGGAUUUGUCUUGGAAUGAGAUAGCACAAAUACCUGAAGAAAGUUUUAUAGAGAUGCCAUCACUGACACAACUCAAACUUGCUAGAAAUUAUCUUAAUAGAGUGGGACACAUUAAAUCUACGUCAUUAUCAAUACUUGAUAUGAGUUCUUGUGAAAUUAGUAUAAUUGGUAAAGAUUCCUUAGAAGGACUUCCAUCGCUUAUAGAUAUAGACUUAUCACACAACCUUUUAUCAUAUAUCCCGGAUAGUGUCUCAUCGAAUACGCUAAAAUAUUUAAAUUUAAAUUAUAAUCGAAUUAGUUCUAUUAACAAUGUUACCUUUUUCAUGCUACCUCGACUAAGUGGAUUGAGUGUAAUUGGGAAUAGGUUUACUAAUAUUUGGAGCAAAACCUAUUUCAAUUCAAACCUUUAUUUAGAAAGACUCGAUCUCACCGACAAUAUGUGGAGAUGUGAUUGUAUAGACGAUAAUAUGUAUGACUUUUAUGAAUUUGUUACUUUAGAACCAAAUAAAAAGGAGGAAUCUUUUAAUCUAAUAUGCAACAGUCCAAUUAACGUUAUCGGUCAAACAUGGUUAGAAGCAUGUUAUUUUCAUUGGAACCCCACCGAAAAAGCUAGAAACGUCGAUAACUUAAUUUGGUUCUUAAUAGUCAUGGUUGUUGGAUUAGCUCUGUGUCUCUUACUAGUCAAUACUAUCAGAAGAACAAUGAAACGACGUUUAGGAGCAAUUCAAGCUGAAAGGGAAAGACAAGUUGAGGAGGCUAGAGACAGACUUAGACAGUUAAGAAUACGAGCUGAACAGGAAGCGUUAUGUAACACACCUGAUCCAAGAGAUUUAAUUGCACCACCGUCUUAUGAUGAAGCUCUCUCAAUGCCGAAGCUAAAUGCUUCUUCUCAUUCUCUAAACGAAACCGGAACAGGAAAAACCAAACGAAGAAGAGGUAGAAGGAAAACAAAGUCAAGUGGAGAUUUAUUAGAGGAAACAGAAAGAAAUGGUGACGCACGUGUCUUCGAUGACAUAGAGCUUACAGAAACUUCUAAUGAUAAUAAUAGACAUAGACGUCGCCGAAAUCGAAGAUACGGUAGCCAUGAAAUAAAUGAACUAGAGCAAAGUCCAGGUGCCAGACGUAGAAGAAUGUCAGAAUAUAACACCUUGGAUGACAGUGUGACAGUUGAAAUCGAAACGGAGGUAGAACGGCCGCUUCGCCCAAGAAAUCGACGAUAUUCUGACGAAAACCAACCCAGAGAAAGUGAUUUUUAAAUUAUGUAGUUCUUAUUUAGUUUAAGUUUAUAUA